UACAGCGUAAUCGGAAUGUUGGUUAAUAUGGGCCGAACAUAAAAAGCCCAAAUUUGUUCUAAACCCUAAACCGGAGCAAAAUCGUUAGCUCAUGAUAUCUCUUCCUUCUUCUUCUUCUUCCUCUGAUCCUUGCAAAAGCUCACACUACUCUCUCUAAUGUCUUUACAUAUCAAGGCACCUGUUUGUCAAACUUGUGGCGACAUUGGUUUUGAAGAAGCACUAGUCUUUUGUGACUCUUGUAAGAUUGAGUCUAUUCACCGCUAUUGUAUAGGCAUAACACCGACUCCUUUUACGGAAUACAUAACUUGGAUUUGUGAGGACUGUGAUGCGAGUGACAGUGAUUCUUAUUGCAAUGAAGUUGAUCAAACUGCUAAGCUUACACAUAUCUUGAAGAAGAAGAAGAAGAAAAAGAAGAAGAGGAGAAAUCGCACUCCACUGGUUUUAGCUGAGGACAAUGGGCUCCAGGAUGCUACCAAUGUUGAACCUGUGGAGGGUUCUUUUUCACCAAUUCAAGAAACAGUGGGAUCUAAGAGAGAAGAAAGCUCAGGUAGCAGAAAGCCUCAUGAAUUGACUGGUUUAGAUGGAGAUAGAGCAUCUGUUUCGGAGGCGGAUAAGUCAUCUAGUGUACCAGAUCAUAGCUCUUGUACCAGCAAAAGGAAAGAAGUUGAUCAGACUGGACAUAACUUGGAGAAGAGUGAGAAAAAGAAGAAGAAGAAGAAGAAAAAGAGCAGCAAUCAUUCACCACCGGUUUUAGCUGUCGAGGAACAUGAGAUUCGGGAUACUACGAAUGUUGAACAUGUGGGGGUGUCUUCUUCUUCACCAACUAAAGAAAUGAUGGAGUCUAAGAGACAAGAAAACUCAGAUAGUAGAAAACCUCAUGAAUUGACUGGUUUAGUUGGAGAUAGAGCAUCUGUUUCGGAGACCGCCAAUUCAUCUAGUGUGCCUGAUUAUAAUUCUUGUGUCACCAAAAAAAGAAAAUUAAGUUCUGGAAGCAUACCGGUUGCUGAAAAUAGACAGUUAGCUGAUGGGAAUAGUUCUUGCAAAGUGGCUGAAUCAAAUACGCCUCAAACGACUGAGAGGUUGUCAUCUAGGCAUUAUAGAGCACAACCUAUCAAAAUACCGAUAUGGAGGGGAUUGAUGUCUGUUAAAGGAGGAAACAACUGUAUCAUGGAUGGAAUUGUUGCUCAUGUAUCAAGCUUAGCAUGUCCUAAAGUCCAUGAAACGGCGAGUUCAUUAAAGGGCUCCCUCUCUGCUGAAGUACUUCCCAGGUUGGAAGUAUGGCCAAAAACCUUUCUUAAGAAUGGAGGACCUAAGGAUGAAAGUAUUGCUCUGUUUUUCUUCCCUUCCAGUGAAAGUAAUGAUGAAAAGGUUUUCAAUUCCCUUGUUGAUAAAAUGAAGACGAAUGAUUCCGCGAUGAGAUUUGUGCUUAAUGAUGCAGAACUUCUACUGUUCACCUCUUAUAUGUUACCAAAGGAUUCUUGGACUUUUAACUCGAAGUAUUACCUGUGGGGCGUCUUCAAGCCCAGACAGACUUCUCGACAUUAGUCACUCUAGACUCGCUACCUUUAACAGUCUCUGAUUCAAGGUUAACACGAGAUGGAAGUAGGACUUGCAGGAUUCUCCUUCAACCUUUUUGAGUAUAUGUUAGUUCUAUUUCGGGUUUUGGUUGUCCGAUUGUUGAUAGUUAGCCAGAUGCUGUAUAGAAUCGAACCAACUUGGCAUCCUUGAUAGCAUAUCUUUGUCUUUUGGUGGAUUUGUGUGACCGAUUUCUAAAAUCUGCGGUCAUAUUAUAUGAUUCAUGCCACUUUUUGCCCCAACCUCAUAAUGUAUUCCCGCUUUAUUUCAAUAAAUGACCUUAAAAA